UUGUGUGGCUUGGAUGCACAGCUCCUGGAGCUUUGGCCCCACUUGGCAUUCCCAUUCAACGUCUCCUUUUAGUAUAUAUUUGGUUUCAGAUCUUCACAACUCAAAUGGCUUGGCGCCUCUAGAUAGAUAGAUUGAUAGAGAGAUUUAACCAGUUUUUCUCUUCUCUUUGUAGUAUAUAUUUGGUUUCUCCUUUUAGUAUAUAUUUCAGAUCCUUACAACUUCUUUAAUGGUGCCUCUAGAUGGAUAGAUUCAUAGAUAUAACCAGUUUCUUCUCUUCUCCUUUUAGUAUAUAUUUGGUUUCAGAUCCUCACAACUUCUCUAGAUAGAUAGAUUGAUAAAUAGCUAACCAGUUUCUUCUCUUCUCCUUUUACUAGAUAUUUGAUUUCAGAUCCUCACAACUUCUUCAAUCGUGCCUCUAAAUAGAUAACCAGUUUCUUCUCUUUCUCUUCUCUUCUCCUUUUAGUAUAUAUUUGGUUUCAGAUCGUCACAACUUCAAUGGCUCCUCUAGAUAGAUAGAUAGUUAGUUUCUUCUUCUCUUUCUCUUCUCUGGCUUAGAUUGUGUUGUUCUGGUUCAACCAUGGCGGCCUCUGUUGGUAAUCGGCAAUUCAAUGUGGAGGGUCGAAACGGGCUCAUUUCGUAUGGGAGUAGAAGUCACCUAGGUAGAAAAGUCCCCGAGUCCAUACCCACUCGGGAUUUCUUUGAAUUGCAGACUCCCCGACCCAAGGCCUUACAGGAGGAAGAGGAAGAAGAGGAAGAAGAUGAUGUUGUGUGGGAGUUUCCAGAAGAAGAGGAAACGGCGGCGGACCCUAGGGAUGCAGGGACGGCGGAUGAAUGGGUGAAGAGGAAUUCACACCUGGUUCGACUCACUGGAAGGCAUCCCUUCAAUUGUGAAGCCCCGCUAUGUCGGCUGAUGCGUCACGGUUUCAUUACACCCGUGUCGUUGCAUUACGUGCGUAAUCAUGGGCACGUUCCUCAUUGCAGCUGGGAUGACUGGCGCGUGGAGGUUUGUGGCCUGGUGAAGAGGCCUAUGCAGCUGAGCAUGGAGCAGCUGGUGGAGGAGUUCAAGCCACGGGAACUGCCGGUCACUCUGGUGUGCGCCGGGAACAGGAGAAAAGAGCAGAAUAUGGUGAAGCAGACCAUUGGAUUUAACUGGGGCGCCGCCGGUGUUUCUACCUCUGUUUGGCGUGGCGCCCGCCUUGCUGACCUGCUGCGCCGGUGCGGGAUCAUGUCCAAGAAGAAGGGAGCUCUGUACGUGUGCUUUGAGGGCGCUGAGGAUCUACCCGGAGGUGGCGGCUCCAAAUAUGGGACUAGUAUUUCUGUUGAUAUUGCAAUGGAUUAUGCCCGAGAUGUUAUUGUUGCUUAUCGACAGAACGGUGAGCUUCUGCAGCCUGACCAUGGGUUUCCUGUGAGGGUCAUCAUUCCUGGUUUUAUUGGCGGCCGGAUGGUGAAAUGGUUGAGAUGUAUCCGUGUGAGUUCUGUUCAGUCUGAUAACUAUUAUCACCAUAGGGACAACAAGGUUCUUCCUUCUCAUGUCGAUGCGGAUUCUGCUAUUUCUCAAGGAUGGUGGAACAAACCCGAAUACAUCAUCAAUGAGCUUAACAUAAACUCCGUCAUUACCACGCCUUCCCACGAGGAAAUCCUACCAAUUAACUCCUCUACAACGCAGCGGCCUUACGCUCUCAAAGGAUACGCAUAUUCUGGCGGAGGGAGAAAAGUUAUACGGGUCGAGGUAACAUUUGACGGCGGGGAGACCUGGAAACUCUGCUCGCUCACUCAUCCGGAAAAGCCAAAGAAAUACGGCAAACACUGGUGCUGGUGCUUCUGGGAGCUCGAGGUUGAGGUCAUGGAACUCUUAAGCGCCAAGGAGAUCGCUGUCCGUGCUUGGGACGAAUCCAUGAACACUCAGCCCAAAGAUCUUACCUGGAACGUCAUGGGGAUGAUGAACAACUGCUGGUUCAGAGUGAAGUUAAACUUAUGCAUGCCUCACCAUGGAGAGAUAGGGCUGGUGUUCGAGCACCCAACUCGUCCAGGGAACCAAUCUGGAGGAUGGAUGGCGAGGGAGAAGCAAUUGGAGGACACGCAACUGCAGACGAAUCACACCCUUAAAAAGAGCUCAUCCACGCCCAUGAUGAACACGGCUUCCAAGAACAUAACGCUCUCCGAGGUGCAGAAGCACAACAAUGCGGAAUCUGCAUGGAUUAUCGUCCACAAUCACGUGUACGACUGUACCAAAUUCCUGAAAGAUCAUCCGGGGGGGAUGGACAGCAUCCUCAUCAAUGCCGGUUCAGACUGCACAGAAGAGUUCGAUGCUAUACACUCUUCAAAAGCCAAAGCCAUGUUAGAAGACUACCGCAUAGGAGAGCUCCUUACAAGCAGUCUUACAGGUGGUUCCUCAUCCUCCUGUGAGUCUUCUCCAGAUAAUUCCAUGCAUGGAGCAAACAGGGUCUUUGCAGCUCUCAGGUUGGCCCCCAUAACAGAGCUUCACAUUUCGAAACCACCGCCGGCACUCAAUCCAAAGCAAAACAUCACGUGUAAGCUUGUUUCCAAGAAGGAAGUAAGCCAUGACGUGAGAUUGUUCAGAUUCGCCCUCCCCAGUCCCGAUCAAAACUUGGGUCUCCCUACCGGAAAACACAUUUUUGUGUCAGCUUACAUAGACGACAAGCUGUGCAUGAGGGCUUACACGCCUGUAAGUUCAGACGAUGAACUGGGUCACUUCGACCUGCUUGUCAAGAUCUACUUCAAGGGCGUACAUCCCAAGUUUCCUGAUGGGGGGCUCAUGUCUCAGUAUCUCGAGACAAUGGCGGUGGGAGAAUCCAUCAAAGUGAAAGGGCCAGUGGGUCAUAUACAAUAUCAUGGGCAAGGCCAUUUCACCAUUAAUGGGCAUACCAAGCUUUGCAAAACUAUUGCAAUGGUGGGUGGGGGAACGGGCAUAACACCCUUAUACCAGGUUAUCAUGGCCGUUCUCAAAGAUCCCACGGAUGAGACUCAAAUUCAUCUGGUUUACGCCAAUAGAACUGAGGAUGAUAUACUUCUCAGGGAACAGCUUGAUCAGUUCUCUGAACACCACUCCAAUUUCAAAGUCUGGUAUGUUAUAAGCAAUUCUGUGAAGGAGGGGUGGAAAUACAGCUUGGGUAUCAUAAAUGAAGAGAUUUUGAGAGACCAUCUUCCAGAUGGGUUGUCUCCUGAUACUUUGGCCCUAAUGUGUGGCCCUCCACAUAUGAUCCAGCUUGCAUGUUUGCCCAAUCUGGCCAAGAUGAAUUACGACGUGAAAAACUCCUGUUUUCAGUUUUAACUUAUCCUUGUGUAGUUACCAUUUUCUGCCUCUCCUACUUCCAAAUCUCACUCACUUGCAAGUGAGAUUUGUGGGCAUCAAAUUCUGGUUUUCUCUUAAACAUCAACAAAUUCUUCCUCUGUAGACUAGUUAAAAAAAAGCUUCAUAUUACGUCCAUAGUAAGAUGUAAAUAAUAAUGAAACCUAGUUAAUAUGCAUUUACAGAAAUAGUCGGCCUGUCGUUAUGAUCAA